AUGGGCAGAAGGAAUAUCACUCAUGUGUCUGACUUCAUCCUCAUGGGACUGACAGACUCUGAAGAGAUCCGGCUGGUCCUCUUCACCCUCUUUCUCCUGAUAUACCUGAUCACUGUGCUGGGGAAUGUGGGGAUGAUCCUGGUAAUCUGCCUGGACCCCCAGCUUCACACACCCAUGUACUUUUUCCUCAGUCACCUGUCAUUUCUUGACCUCAGUUACUCAAUAAUUACCCCCAAAAUGUUAGUAGAUUUUAUGUCAAAGAACAAAGCCAUUUCCUUCCUUGAAUGUGCAACACAGAUGUUUCUUGCUGUUACUUUUGGGACCACAGAAUGCUUUCUCUUGGCUGCAAUGGCGUAUGAUCGCUAUGUGGCCAUCUACAACCCCCUCCGGUAUCCAGUCAGCAUGGCGCCCAGAGUCUAUGUGCCACUCAUCAUUGCUUCCUAUGUUGGUGGCAUCCUGCAUGCUUCUGUACACACAGUGGCUACUUUCAGCCUCUCCUUCUGUGCCUCCAAUGAAAUCAGACAUGUGUUCUGUGACAUCCCUCCCCUCCUCGCUAUUUCUUGCUCUGACACCCACACUAACCAGCUUCUGCUCUUCUACUUCGUGGGUUCCAUUGAGAUAGUCACUGUCCUGAGUGUCCUGAUCUCCUAUGGUUUCAUCCUGUUGGCCAUUCUGAGGAUGCAUUCUGCUGAAGGGAGAAGGAAAGCUUUCUCCACCUGUGGCUCUCACCUGGCAGUGGUAGUUGUACUGUAUGCCACUCUAGCCUUUAUGUACAUGCAGCCCAAGGCCAGCCACUCUUUUGAUACUGACAAAAUGGCCUCUGUAUUUUUCACUUUGGUCAUACCCAUGCUGAACCCUAUGAUCUACAGCUUGAGGAACAAGGAAGUAAAAGGUGCUCUGCGUAAGGUGUGGAAAAAUCUCUGCAAAAUCCCCAUAUAA